GUGCGUUUUCAUUAAAUUCUAGUUGCUGCGUGGCGGUAAUUCGUGAUCUAUAUAAUUUGAGUACAGACAAUGGGGACUGCUUAUCAAACAAUUUCUAGCAUUCGAAAUUUUUCACUGGUGCACAAAUUUUGGGUGAGUGGCUUGUUGGCUUCUCGCCAGUCAGUCAGUCAGUCAGUCAGCCAGGUAGCCAGCCGGCGGUGCGACAGCCGUUGAGAUUAAGCGGUCACGGGUCCGCCGGCCGGUGAGAGAGUGGAGCCAGAAGCAGCGGAGCUGUUGUUUGUGCCGACUGGUGGCUAUGCUCGUGGAGGCUUGCGGAGAGAAUCUGUGGCGGAGAGACGAAGUCGGCGGAUGAAUGGAUGAAUUCAGCUGUUUACGGCGAAGGGGAAAGGAUGAGAGGACACUCGGAACAGUAACAGCAGCAGCAGCAGCAGCCAGAGAGGUACGACGACAACGAGAAAGAGAAAAGGAAAACAAUCCUUUCCCCCUUUUUUUCGAUUGUUUGGCAUGAAAGUGUGCGUUUCUAGUUGGUUCGGCGCUCUACCAGUCAAGCCUCGGUCCAGCGAUCAGCCUGCGCUUCUGCGUAGACUCUGCAGCGUCAGCUACGGACUGGAGCAAUUAGUGUGUCUGUCAGUAUCGGCAACAGCAGGCGGCUGUUGGUUGGCGGCGGCGGCGGCAGCUGCGACGACGUCCAAGUGGGUAGUUGGCUGCCGCUGCCACGUUUGAAUAGCGGUAGUGGCAGAGAAGGAAGUAAGCAGUCCUGCUCGCUCGUUCAAUUCCUCUUGCCGUUUCUGUCGUCGUUCCCUUUGUGUUGUUUAUAUAUAUGAAGCGAGUUUGUGUUCUAUUGCUACUGCACGGCGGUUGGUUGUUGAAUUUCGGACUGGCAGGGGAGGGAGUCGCGGGCGGGUGAAAUGUCGUCGGCUCUAUUGGCGCUUGAGAGCGGUGCUGCUGCUAGUUGUCUUGGAGCUUUAGCUACUGCAGUCAUCGUCCGUAACCGGGACAGGCUGGUUAGUUACAUCAAGCAGGCCGCACGAAGCCUAGACAUAGCAACAUCCAAGAACAAUCUGGCCAACGAACGCCGAAUAAAGGGAAGCACUAGUAAUACUGCUACUACUAACAGCAUUGGCUGGCGGAACUCCGCUGGUCGCUUGUGCGACGACAGUAGCAGCAGUGACAGUUGUUGAAUAGACACGGCGGACAGACAAACGGGCAGACCGGUGGUGGUCAGGCCGUUGGUGUCGUUGUCGCCGUCACUGCUGGCCGUGGCCAUCUUAACUUACGCUAGACAGACCGCCAUCGUAACUGUGGUCGCUGCUAGUUCUCCUGCAACGGGAGCUCUGCGGGGCGGAGUUCAGUAGCGUUCAGUGCUGUGGUCCGAUUACUGGCUGACUAAUCGUUAGCCAGCACGGGACCUACGUACCGAAUAUAGGCGGCACGACAAAGACGGAACUGAAAGGUCGCUGAGUGUUGUUAUUGUUGUUGUUGUUGUUAUUGUUGUUGUUGUUGUUGUCGUCGUCAUUUCGAACUCAUCUCUUUUUGAUCGGCGGCCGCUGUUUUCUGCUGUCGUACUAUGCACAGGUGCGAUUGCGUGAUGUGGACAGUAAGUAACUAGAGUGAAGUAGGCACAAAGCAGUGACGGCUACGACGAGCUAGACAAGGGUAGGGAGAUACUGAAAUAGCAGAAAUGCGGAAGGAGUGAAAGCUACGCUUAGCAGGGAAAGCACAGACUCUGUGUGUGUUCAGUUUGCAGUGGUGUGUAGUUCAGCUGCCGUAAAGAGACUGAGUGAGAAGUACUCGUUACUUGUGGCGACGUUGCCGUCGUUGUACUAGAGUAUUGCGCUUGGAUGCCUCAGUAAAGUGCUGCAGACACCCAGUAAAUGAUUUAUGCUGCGCAAAAACCGACUGCUGCUGCUGCCGUUGCUCUACUCCGUGGCCUCCGCCUUAGACAGAAAUAAUCCCGUUUAGCAUUAAGCCAGACCGCUUGGAUCAUCGCGAACAUCACUAAUUCGCGCCCUAGAAGCAACAGCUAGACGCAUUAUCGGUUAAACGACUGAACUUGGCACAGAGCCUGUAAGUGCCGCAAAUUCUAUCCGUUGUUCAUAGUGGUCGAUUAGUGAAUCAGGAAUCGAACAGAAAACAGCAUCGCUGAUCGUAUUCUUCCCAAAGGACAUGCGUCUGCCCUCCAUCCAGCAAAAGCGGGAGCCGCUAUAGUUCUAAUUCUGCUAGCGUUCAAAUAUGAGGUAUAACGUACACAGUGAGGUGAGGUGAUAUACUAGGAUGUUAGCAUUCGAGAUUUAAUAUCGAAUUGAGAACGCGCCGAUUCGACUCGUCCACUGUAGCCAGGACAGUGGAGCGCAGGAGUCGUACGCAGCACCAAAUCGAGACCACACUGCCCCUCUCUCACCGUUGCCUCCUCCCUCUUCAAGACGGAGCAGCACCGAUAACUUCAGGAAGAUUCAUCGAAAACAGUGUAUUAGCGAAUGGAAUACGAAUAAGAAAAAGGGUCGUAUAUCCAUCCUACUGCGGAAUCUCUGCCAGUCAAUAGUGAUUGCACGACAAUUGCUUGUUCAAGUAGUGGCCAAGGAGCAUAAACGCAAAAAAAGAAUUGCUACUAGCAACGAAUUGCUACAUUUGCAUGUAGCGGUGUACGUAACAGCUAGCCAGAUGGGCAUAGUACCGUAAGGGAAUAGAUUUGUCAUUUAAACAGCGCUGAACAACGAGAUCUGAUUCAUCGUCACUUAUGCCAUAUCGUUGCCAUUUCUGAGAUAACCUUAUAUUCUACAGCAGCCGGUCUCAAAUAUCUCAGCGAAAUCACACGAAACGAAGAUAGACCAGUGGUUAAAAAAGUAACAACGAGAAAUAACUUUCCUGUAGUACAUGCGUACUUCGUUCUAUAACAGGAGCGUAUAAAAAUAUAUUUCACCUGUAUAAUAUAACGUUCAUAUAUAGAAUGAAAUUAGCCAUACCUCGACGUUCUUAGUGAAAGUUAACAGUAGAAAAACGUAAUAAAAAGCAGUGAUCUGCCAUCGUCAUCAUCAUCUUUAUUCGAUGAGAAAAUGGCCAGUAACAAGGAGGAAAAUCGCUAACCGAAGGAACGACAUGCAACGCUCCAGUUCGUGUUUAGGAAGCAACCGAUUGAAGCUGUUAUUGCUACAAAAUUAAGUGUAACACUGUAGAUGACUCUGUAAACGUUGCUGCGAAAUACCAAUGAAACGGUCGAUGAACUUGAGUUUUUCUGCAUAGGACGUGUGGCGAAGAAUGAAGUUCUGUAACUUAUGGAUAGUGAAGCAAUAACAUAAAUGUGCAGGCGGCAAGGCUUGUUUUUUACUGCAAGGAAGCGCAGAUGUAUGCUUUGCUGUCAGCAAGCUGUAUCUACCCCGGGGCAGUAACAUUGAGUUCACCUCCAUAAGCAUGGCCGAUGUUCGAUCUUCGAUAGUGGCUGCAUCCAGAUCGCGAACCGGCUGGAUUCAACAUCAGCAGCAGCAGCAGCAGCAGCAGCAGCAGACUUCUUCCCCAGCCACGACUCCAGCACUGGAAGCAGGCGGUCCAGAUAUUCCGGGCAGUGGUUUAGUAGUAUCUGACAAGGAGAUUGUCUUACAUUCGGCAGCAGUUAUCGUCGUUACUGCUGCGGGCAGUAAUAACCCCAGCCAAGGAUCACUGGACAGCCAAACAGCAAAUACAGUUUCAAAUCCUCGGCCCAAUUCCGCGCCCAGUUGUACGACGACGUCACCGAAACAGCUUAUACAGUCAACAUCAGUUCAGCUUAACGGAAGUUCGUGUAGCACCGGCGCAACAAUGGUCCAUCCCCCGCCCAAAAAGCUAGGCUCGAAAGUUAGCUCCAUCGCUAGUUUAUUUCAGCAACAGGGCCAAGCUAGCCAAUCGUUGUCGCCGGAGAAGUCCCGACCUUCGGUCCGUAGCAGUAGUAGCAGCGAGAAGGUCCUGGAGCACUCGCUAGCAGCCUGUGGCAGUCCCCUAAAUCUACAAAAUCGUAUAAUUCCAAGCCCCAAAGGUUCUGGGGCCUCAGAUGAGGUGACGCCCCCAAGGAGUUAUGGCCGUGGUUCGCAUCAGGCUGGCGGUACUCCUGCAGCACUGCCUGGCAAACUUUCCAUGACGUCCCUCAACGGCUAUGCGCUAUCUACCAGCGGGAGUGGGGGAGGAGGGAUUAGCGCUCAGGCCAAUGGAGGCGGCAGUCCUCUCCAUAGGAGCGACAGCCACGUCUCGAGGUUCCAGGAUGCUCGAGCAAUGUUUGCUAAAUUAGAAAGCGAACAGAAGCGAUCGUCGCCACUGUCCCUCGAUCGUUCAUUUUCGGCCUCCAGCUCAAGGCCGACGUCCGGCAGGACAACUCCCGAAGAUUUUCUGGAACGCCAGACCCUGCGGGAUUCUCUAGUGCUCCAGAAGUCACAGUCGGAGGAUAAAAACACAGGCGGGACGCGAUCCGGCCCCUGCUCAGCAAGCUCGGGAGGGAGGGGCGGUAAACCUCCUCUCCCAACAAAGCCCAAAAGCCUUCAACAACAGCUACAACAUGUAGCCUCAGACAGUAGUUGCAACACCCCGCAGUUAUACUCGCGCUUACAACAGAUGCAGAGCGUUGCUCAGCAGAAUGGAGCUUUACACGCCGAUGGCAAUCGGAGGCCACAAGAAUCUUGUCAUUACCAGGAGGGUGUGAGUCACUCAGAACUGGGCAGGACAUCGUUUAAUGCCCAGGACAGCAGGACAGCUACAGAUAUAGCAAAUCGCCGAAACAAUGUGCAUCAGCUGGACGAUAGAUGCCAAGGGCGAGAUUUAAUCGAUCAACCAGACUCGUUGACAUCUACGGGAGAACUGCUCAAUCCUCAAAGGCUAGAUUCGGGCUUUACCUCAAUUGAAGAUGAGCUCGAUGAUGUCUGUUCUGGCAGGGACACAUUAUCGCAGCGUCUUGAAGGACUGGGGUCGUCAACGAUACGGAAAAAAGCGGACUCCGAGCAAACGCGACGCCCACCGCCUCCAGAUGAUAUGCUCAGGACAGGGACGAUAGGAGCCUCUGAGGGGUUAAGUGCAGUUAACGCAAGUGGGCGUACGUGUCAAUUUGAAGAUGAAAACUGCGGUGUUAAUGAAACAGCUAUAAUUAUAGGGGCAAUAAUGGCCCCGUCCGAUUUAAGUCCACUUACAGAGCAAUCAGAACAGGUGUCGUCGGAAAGUUCUGUCAGCGUUCGAGAGUCGAAACGAGAAUGCGUGCAGCAUGCAGAAGAGAUUCACGUUACUUCUACUUCUUCGACAUCUAACAGCGACCCCAGAUCGAGCCACGCGGGAUUGCCGGAAGAGAAGACCCUGGAAGGCAAAGGCGGUUCUUCAAGCGGAGAUUCGACUCUUAAAGAGGAGCAACUCGAUGAGAAGCUUAACGAGGUAGGCCAGCCAGAACACGACGCCGCAAUAGGCGAUCAGUUGAUGACCAAAGAUGAACACGUUACGUUGCUCAGCUACAGACAAGGCCGAACCAGUAGCUGCACGCACAGUCCGUCAGCGGCCGGGGAUCAACGAAGUCCAUCUGCCGUCGGAGGCGACAUGGAGUUCGACGAGUGUGAGGAGAUUCUAACAGAUGAACAGGCUCAUGAGGUAUGCCAAAUACUCAAGGACAACUCAUUCGAAAAAAACGAACAGCUCAUCCAGGAGGAGAUGGAGCUCGAGGAGGCGAUGGAGCGCACGAAGCGACAGCAACAAGUAACUUGUCCAGAUGCCGUAGCUGAACGACAAACCGCCAAAGAACAGUGGGUCGCUCCUGUUUUACCACCUUCAGCCGACGCUGAUGACUUAGCUAGCCCGGUGACCGAAUCUGCGCCCGCCGGCCCGGCUGGCGCGAAUAAUAACACGUACUCGGUAGGCGCUGCCAGUCCAGGCGCAGGAAACACGUACAAUUAUGAAGAUUCGAUGGAAGAAGAUGCCGAUCUAGAUGGCGACGUUCUCGAUCGAACUUUGCCUGCCUCGCCAGAGCCCGACUCAUUGGGUUCAUUGCACGUUGAUGAAGACGGGCAUUAUUAUGUAGAGCGACCCGGAUUAACCGAGGACGAUGAGAACGACCCAUUUGAAUGCGAUGAAAACGAGUUUGACCAUGAGCAGCAGCGGCAGCAUGAGUAUAAUACUAGCGACGAUUUUACAGCACAUAAUAAAACGGCAACGCAGCCGAUGUCCUAUGAUACGGAGAAAAGGAAAGCUUUCAUCAAGAUUCGGUUUUCCCAUGCGCCUAUACGCGUCUAUUUGACGUACUCAGUUGACGAGUACGAUCGGCGCAACGACGAAAUUGACCCAGUCUCUGCCUCAGCCGAGUACGAACUCGAGAAACGUAUCGAAAAGAUGGAUGUAUUUGGGGUGCAACUAAUGAAAGGUCCGGAGGGUCUCGGUUUAUCGAUAAUCGGCAUGGGUGUCGGCGCGGAUGCGGGACUUGAAAAGCUCGGCAUUUUUGUGAAAACAAUUACACCUCAUGGGGCCGCGUCUCGAGACGGGCAUAUUGAAGUAAACGACCAGAUCAUCGAGGUUGACGGAAAAUCACUCGUAGGCGUAACGCAAGCGUAUGCCGCUUCAGUUCUCAAGAAUACGUCCGGACUCGUACGCUUCGUUAUCGGCCGCGAGAGGGACCAAAGCAAUAGCGAGAUUGCGGCACUAAUCGCUCAGUCUAUUCAGGCUGAUCGGGAUCGAGAACAGCAUCUGCAGCGCAUACAGCAAGGAGCACAACAUCACCAUCACGGAGAUGUUAUGGUUGGAGGGGUGCCCGGAGACCAUAGCAGUGGCACUACUGGCCUUGGCGGAUUACACCGAAGGGGCUCCCCCGAGCCUCACUCCACGAGCGGCCCUUCCACUCCCGAGGAGGGUGAGGACCUGCCCAUCAUUGACGCUACCCACGAUCCUUUGUCUGAGGACGGUGGAGGAGCGGACGACGCGGCUGGUAACCAUGGGACGCUUGUAGCGCGCUACCGAGAUCUUCAGUAUCAGGUCCGGGCGCUUCGUGACCGCCUGGACGCGUCAGAGGAGGAGAGAGUUCGUCUCGGCCAGCAAUUGCACAUUACGCAGCGACGCUUGGAGGAGGCCCAGAGGAGCGCACAAGAGGCCAACCAGCGAUAUGCAGAGGAGACCAGAGCACUCAAGGAACAACUGGAACAGAGUGAAUCGAUCUGUAUGCGGCUGAAGAGAGGCCUUCAAGAGCGGGAUGAUGACCAGAUUAAGUUAAAGUUAGAGUUAGAAAAAGAACAGCAUUAUAACGAGGUUGUGAAGAGCCUCAAGGAUCGCGUAAUCGAGUUGGAAGGAAUGCUAGAAGAGACUCAACGCUCGGCUGGGCUGCCGGUCGCGAUCCCACGACCCCGCGAGAAUCGCGCACAAAGCCUAGAUGAAUCUAUGAUACUUUUGAGCAGUAUGAUGCCAGCUACUGAAUUUUUGGACACUUCGGCCGCACGUGCCAAAGCUGAGCUUGGACGAAACCUGCGUGGACUACGACAACCUCCAAAAAACAUGCGCAAGUCCCGAUCGUCGGAAGAAGCAGAAGCACAAUCGCCAAAACAACUCAAUACUUCAAGUGGAAUUCGACUAAUUUCCGCUCGAUUAAAUACGUCAUCUCUAGGACGCAACGGCAGUCUCCCAACUAGUGUUCAUAGUUCAAGUAUCCAAAGCUUUACUCAAACCCAAUCGCAUGGCCAAAUAAAUAGCGCCAGUUCAAUAACUGGUGAUCAUUUUGGCUCACCUCAACAAACGUAUAACACGUCUAGUACAUUAAAUCUUCAAGUGGCUCAGACGAACCAGUCGACGCAACCACUAGGAACUGGGUCAACCGAAAAGAGUUAUCUGGGCGAUGUGACCAUUUCUCAAAAUGGAGUUUCACGGAUAGUUCGUUCAUCGAUGCCCAUGUCACCCAGUGGGGACACUGGCUGUUCAGACGUCGUAGGCUGUUUUGAUGUAAGUUCCCUUCUAUUGGGGCACGGCACACAUCAAUACUACGGUAGCAAGUCGGCCAUUGAUUCCGUGUCAACGACAAGAUCUAUGCGAGGAGAAGACGUGAUCCAACAACAACAGCAGCAGCAGCAACAGCAACAACAACAACAACAACAACGAGACGUUAUGUCCUGGGGGCCUCGCGAUGUUUGCAAAUGGUUAACCGAGCACGGUCUAAAGGCCUACAGAGAGACAUUUAUUUCGAACGGCAUAACCGGUGAACAACUGUUGGAGUUAGGAAAGAGUGGUAGCAAGCUCAAGGAGUUUGGAGUUCGUGAAGAAGCGGAUCGUGCUCUGCUUAAGAAGAAGAUCAAAGAACUCAAAAGGGGAAUGGAACGCGAGCGAAAGGCUGCACGCAAAGGGGUGGAAACCGCAAGUACUAAUAAACGCUGAGACUGAUGCUGCAUGCGCACGGGGAGGGGAACACAGUCGCAUGUUUUCUGUCUCUAGUUCCCUCACAACGAUGAAGCCCCAGCCGUCGGCAGGAAGCUCUUGAGAAAGCCCCAGGACAGCGAAUCGGCCCCUCGCAUCUAUGCCUGCAUUUCAAUCGCCGAAGAUAAUCUUCGAUUUACUAUUGCCCCUAUUUUAGUUUUAGCGAUAAAUAGGGGGCUACUCUGAUGGAGGAUAAAAAUUGAAACCCUUAUUGAAUACGUUGAGAAAAAACUCAAGUACCAAAAAACGCGAAAGAAAGUCGUUGUUGAUCUGAGCUUCUUUAGCAGAGCAUAACAUCGCGGGCAUGAUAUCACGAACGAAGACGGUCUUAGACCACCAACACGCUGAGACGAAACAAUGAAUCUAUUUAUUCUUCCUUAACUAAGAGCAUUGAUUGUUGAUGCUAAAAUACAGAGGUGAUUGUAACGCUCCGCGGCGGUAGUGGAAUACAUGGACUAUAUAUAUAAUCUGUCGAAUAAACAUGAUGGCGCUAGUAUACAUGUGUGCAGGUCGAAACACAUCUCCCUUGUGCCAAUCGGCUUGCAAGUGAGCGAGCAUAUUAUACGCUCCAUGUGCAUAAUGUUUGCAAACAUUUUUAGUUGUUGGGACUUUCUCCGCUUGUGUAUUUGACUUGCACCGUAUAAAGAUGAUCUUCAGUGUUAUCGUGAGUUGCUGCUCCUGAGCGGCUUCUGUUGCAAUGUAUGGCCCUCGCGAUAUAGCCGUACCGAGGGCGACGGUAACAGGAAGAGAAUAGAAAAGAGAACGCCUCCCUCCGCAAUAGCGUUUCGCGUCUGUUGGCAAAGCUUGUACCCUCUGGUGGAUCUGGCGCGGUAAACGCUGGUGAUGACGAUAUGUGACUAUUUUCGAUCUCUCAUUUUUGUAAAUCAGCUAUCAGUACUAAAAUUACAGUAAUGCCAUAUACAUAUAUAAAGCUAUAUAUGAGUAAAACGAACAGCGAAUAAUGGAAACAAAUCCAUUAAUGAAUAAUGUUAUUAUUAAUAACAAACAAGAGCAGUAUGAGCAUUAAUAGUAAGAAAAGCAAGUAGGGUAUAUUAUACAACAUCUUCUACCGUCAUAAACUAUACGGUGGUGCCACACACACACACACACACACACACGCACACACACACACACACACACACACACACACGCACGUAUAUAUACGUGAUUCCCAUAUUGAUAAAGACAACUAUAAAGCUGAGGACAAAGAUAUUGCCGGUGGCGCUAAUUAAUGGUAAAAAUGGAAAAGCAAUUAUGGAGAAAAACUGAUACGUGUGGCUGUAGGGUUGAGCAGUUGCUAUCGGGAAGAACUAAAUACGCGGUGAGAGACGCAGACAGAGUUUGGACAGAGAUAGCCCACAAUUGAUUUUUCCUGCCUUAUUUAAUUUAAGCUACUAUAUACAACACAGCAGGCACAAAUCAGUUAAUUGAUCAGAAGGCUGAGCUCACAUACACAUGCGUGAGUAGCACAGGUAGAUAUAAAGGUUGAUGAAAAAACGAAUGUUCCGUUCAAUCAGGUUAGGCAGAUUUAGUGAAAGGCUUAAGCAAGACUGCGCUGACCUGUUUAUUCCAACAGAUGGCCUUAGUUCGGCCAUGUCAGGGCAGAUGAUGCCUCAGCCGUAGAAUGAUACUCGAUUUUUGCGCUGCAUAAAUUCUCGAGACGCAUCGCUGUCACUUGCUCUAUUGGGAGCGAUUUCUCGACUCCAGGUUGUUUGUAUUUCCGUUGACAUCUCUAUUCAGCGUUUUUUUGUGGUCUUCUGCAAACAUUUAAUUAUGACUACUGUAUAGAUAUUGUGCUGUGUGCGCGUAGUUUCUCCAGUGAUACCCCAGCGACGUCCCUCAGCCAUCGUGGUGCCCGGGUAUUUUAGAUGCGCUUCACCCCUACGCCGUUCAACACUGACGCACGUAUUUAAGUGUACGAUUAAAACAAAGAGCCCUUGUCUGUUACGCUGAAAUUAAAAAGUAUGCAAAAUUAUAUUUGCACUAUAAUAGCGCCUUAAUAAAUACUUGAUCGUCAUUACCCUUAUUAGAACGACACCGAAAUUGGCUUGUACCGACAAGCAUCACGGCAAACAAUCAUUCUGGGAUUAUCUUUAAGACAGAACGAAGAUAAAAGUGUUUCUGUGGGUUCCUGCUAUCUAUUUCUCUCCCAUUUUUCUCGUCCAAAAAUUUCGCAAACAAUAAAUUGUAAAGAGAAACCUGUUAAUAGUUUUUUUGCUUCAUUCAAUUCAUAUUCAAUCAAAAAUAUGAUAAGACGUUGUUUAGCUGCUGACACUGAGCUCCCUCGUAUUUAAGAAUUUCGCGUUAGCUCUUACUGUGUUUCACCUACGAUGUUUCAAUAUGUUUUCGUCCAGGUACCGAUCGUCAUACACGCGUCUAUCUAGUGGAAAUCUAUUGUUUCUCUAUGUGUAAAAAAAAAUUGAUUUAACUGAAAUUUAGCACACCAACGCGCCAUCUAAAACUGUAGCUCGGUCAUAUUUUUUUUCUAGUUAGCGGUGGCGGCAUGUACUAGUAAUUGAUUGAUCGACAAGUGGCUGAACGCUACUUCUAAGGCUGUAAUGACAAAGUACUGCUGUAACUAGUAUUGUAAAUGUCAGUGCGUUUAUUGGGAUUGUUCUUAUUGUAGGAACCAUGCGACAUCAAGCCGCCGACGCGCCACAACAAACGACAUCUUUAGGUAGUUAGUGUCAAACGGUUUUGUUGCGUCCUUUUACGGAGACAUGUUAAUUUCACGUCUGAUAAAAACACGCAGCAUAAAUACUUUAUAGUUGUAUUACCGAUAUACAGGUAAAUGAAGUAUCCGAGUGAAGUACAUCAAAAGGCGUCAGCUGACGUUCAGAAGAUUGUUCCGCAUAUAUAGACGAACGUAUUAAAGAUAUUCUGAUGCAUACACGUAUGUAGUUUGUAAGGAUUAUACUGAUAAAAAAUCUUCCAUUUAUGGUAACAUUAUUAGUGGUAGCGUUGCUAAUAAUAAUAGUGAUACAAAUGGCAUAGCAAUGGUAAGGAAAAGGCAACACUUUAACUUACUUAAUUACUGUUUCGGUACGUGUGGCUGGUAGCGAGCUAGCAGGGCCUCACGUGCAACAACAAGGAUCUCUGUGAAAGAACUAUGAAUACAUUUAAUAUGCCGCUAUUUUCCCUCCUGUGAUUGACCAAUGCAACACAUGAGUUAUCGGACAGAAUUUACAGAUACAAACAAAUAGCAGACACCUCGAGGUAAUAUAGAGAGAGAGUCCAACGUACAAAACAGGCGUACGUGUAAUGAUAUGGAAAAGGAAAGAGUAAUUCGCGAUUUUGAGUGAUUCGGAAGAGUUCGAACAUUCUGACAUGAUAGCAAGCCUUUAUAAUAAUGGAUCAUAGUUUUGCCGUCAUCUUGAACACCGACAGCCACACAUGCGAUACCUUAUAUAGACAUGUGUGUAAUAGUACGAAAUAUGAAGGAAACAAUAAAUCAUACAAAGUCUAA